UUGAAAAGAGUUAUAAAGAAAAAAACAAAUUGUCUUAUCCAUGUUUUUGCUCUUCCACAAGCAUCAUUUAUUGAUCGGCAACGUUACAACCCCCCUAACUCUCAUCACCGGCACAUCUCCAUCUCCGUCUCCAUCACCGAUAUUACACGCUUCCACAUCCACCAAGAAGAUUCAGUGUCCUGCUUUGCUCUCUCUAUAUAUCUUACUGUAGUCAUCAAAUCACACACAAACAAUUAGUUGAUAUUUUUAGACAUCAUCCUCACUUCAUCACCACACCCACUACAUCCAUGGCCAUGGGCACGAUGAUGACCUGCCGAAUGAUGAGCAUAUCUCCAGGCAUGCCGUCAUCAUCACCUCCUACUCAGUCUCCAGCACCCGCUUCCCUGCCACUCCGUACAAUCCCUGGAUCAUACGGCUGGCCUUUGUUAGGACCCAUCUCAGACAGGCUAGACUACUUCUGGUUCCAGGGUCCUGAUACCUUCUUCAAGAAACGCAUUGACAAGUACAAGUCCACUGUGUUCCGCACAAAUGUGCCUCCAACAUUUCCUUUCUUUGCUGGGGUCAAUCCGAACGUUGUAGCAGUUCUUGAUACCAAGUCCUUUGCUUAUCUUUUUGACAUGGAUAUUGUGGAGAAGAAGAACAUCCUUGUCGGUGAGUUCAUGCCUAGUGUAAAGUUCACUGGGAAUAUCAGGACUUGUGCUUAUCUUGAUACCUCUGAGCCACAACAUACUCAGGUAUAUAAUUUACAAUCCUCAACUGUAUAUAUAUCUCCAUUGUUAUCCCCCUUUUUUUUAAUUUUUCUGUUUUACUUUUGCUCAUUGGACAAGUGGCUUGCUCUCCAGCUCCUUCCCACCGUCAAAAUUGGUAUCCUGCAACCUUUGGAGGAAAUUUUCCUACACUCUUUCUCCUACCCUUUUUUCCUUGUUAGUGGAGACUACAACAAGUUAUACCAGUUCAUAACAAAUGAAGCUAAAGAAUUGUUACGCUAUGCCGAGACUGAAUUCGGACUGAAUCAAGAAGAAACCAUCCAUAACCUGCUAUUCAUUCUAGGAUUCAAUGCCUUUGGAGGGUUUUCUAUAUUUCUACCCGGUCUGAUAAGCAGAAUAGUAAGUGACACCGCAUUACAAGAAAAACUGCGCGAUGAAGUCAGACAAAAUGCUGGUCCAAGUUUAUCUUUCGAGUCAGUGAUGAAAAUGCCACUGGUUCAAUCAGUUGUUUAUGAAACGCUUCGACUCAGCCCACCUGUUCCCCUUCAAUUUGCAAGAGCUAGGAAAGACUUUCAACUGAGCUCGCACGACUCAGUUUUUGACAUAAAAAAAGGCGAGCUGCUAUGUGGGUAUCAACCCUUGGUGAUGAGAGACGCAGAAGUUUUUGAUGAUCCAGAGAGUUUUAGAGCAGACAGGUUUAUGGGUGAGGAAGGGAGAGAAUUACUGAAUUACUUGUACUGGUCAAAUGGGCCGCAGACGGGGUCACCAAGUGAGUCGAAUAAACAAUGUGCAGCCAAGGAUUAUGUGACCCUCACUGGUUCUAUGAUGGUGGCUUACUUGUUUAAGAGGUAUGAUUCUAUUACAGGAGACUCUGCUUCAAUCACAGCUGUUGAAAAGGCUGUUAAGUGACGAUGAUUGUGUCAUUAUAUGUUAUUAUAAAUAAAUUUGUGUUUUUAAGUUUAUGGCUGAUAAGAAUUUUUUGAGUUGUGCUUUGAUUUUUUGGUGGGAAAGGGACUGGUUGGACACAGAUUCCA